AUGUCACCAGCAUUGUCUGAGGAGCAAAUACUUUCUUUUCCUUUGCCGUCCGAAGGCGAGAUAGUCACAUACGCUAUCAACAUCGAGACCUUCAUCCCAUCGAAUAUAACUGACCUAGGCUCUAAAGACACCAUGGACAGAUUUCCUUACGAGGACAACUUGUCCGACGACUCCUCGUUUGAGGUGUUCGGUGACGAGAACAAGAGCUACGCUGAAGUGACAGGCAUCGAUGUCUUGCGGCUUCACGAGUCUCUCAAGAACCGCAAAAACAACAAGAAGCCUGCUCCUUGUACCAUCAACUUGACAAACUUCGGCAAUCCACAAUCAGCUAGUAUCGUUCCUGAUAUCAAAGGAGAGCUCUGUGAGCUCAAGCCCUUCAAGACAAAGAGCUCAUCUGGCCACCAGUUGGUACUUGGCGAGCAGGACGUGAACAUGCUUGCUCACACAUCCCAGGAGGGUGACCACAAUUCUCUGUCGGCAAUGGCCUUCUCAGCUGAUCACAUUGACACUACAUACCGUCACGACAACUUCUAUUGUGGCCCACUUUCUGAGACAACUGCAAACGGUGGUGCAGAGAAAGCACAGAAUCGCACUAUGGCGACGCCCGGCCCCAAGCUAGGCUGCUUGGAGGGGAGCCCUAUUGUGAAGCGCAAGGAUCCUGUCAAGGCCCAGAAGUUCCAGAAGCUUGUUGACCGUCUUGUCGUCAACGAUGCCGUCAAGGAUAAAGAUGAUUCUGGUGCAACUGGUAGUGACUCUCCUUUUCAGAAAGUGGGUGUGGAACUCACAGAGUCACUGAGCAGCGGCGGCGAUGCGAGCACCUAUCGAGGUGUCACAAACCACCAUCAUGGCGACAGUGGAGUGGUUCAGGGUAAGGAUUCGUCAGCCAGCGAGUGCUCAAACAUGGGUGCUACCACCAACCCCAGCUACGCCGGCUCCAAGGUCACUGGCGGCUCCAGUGUUAGCAAUCACAACGUCAAGAAUGGUGGCUUCUCGACAGACACAGUCGAUGAGAGGGACAGUUGGAACUUAUCGAGCCAUGACGGCACACAGGCGGACUCGGACAAGCACGCGUUGAACAGCUUUAACCCCAACGCCAACAACUUCCAUCCUUCUCCCAACGGCUUCAACCCAAAUGCUGCCUCAUUCGCCCCUACCAGUGCCAUCCCAAUGUCAGAUGCAGCUGCACAGGCUGUUGAGCAGCAGAAGAAGCAUCAGUUACAGCUGGAGCUACAGCAGCAGCAGCAGCAGCAAGCCCAGGUACUAUCCCAGCUGGCACACCUUGCUCCGCAUCAGCAACACGCAGCUACAAUCAAUAUCGGCCUCAAUGACUGGCCCAACCCUCACCGUCAUCAACAGCGCCGACAGCCUCUUAGCAACAUCUUUCCGGACACUAUGCCACCUCAUGCCGCUGCUCCCAUCCCAGAGGUUGGCCAAGAUCUGCUUAACUCGCUUGCUGCGCAGCACAUUGCCUUCCUGACCCAGCAGAACGCAAUCAUGGCAGCAACUCUUAGCCAGCAGAGCUCUGCUACGUCUCUUGGACCUCAUAGCGCUCUUGCUGGAAUCUCGCCCUUUGCUCUUGCGGACCCCCUGGUUGCUCCCUUCAGUCACCAGAUCCCCGCACCUCAUAUGCCCUCCUUUGGAGGGGCUGGUAGCAUGAACAAUGUGAUGCAAACAGCCCCUCGCUUCCCUUCCACGUUCCCCGGCGCGCCUUUUGCUACCCAUCACGGCCAAGCCAACCAGCAACCGCUCCAGACGCCCCGUCACUAUUAUGGAGCUCAUCCUGGUGGCUACGCCGGCGCCCUUGCUCCUCCACCGCCGGCGAUGGGAAUGCAGCAAAACAUGAACAAUGCCCAGUAUCCUGCAUAUGUCCCGGUUCAGCAGCGCUCUCUUGUCUCGCUCGCUGGUGCACCACCACCAUCCCAGGCACAUGCCCUGAGCCUGCCCUUGGCAAACCAGCAUCUGCUUAGAUUUGACGCUGACGGCGCUCUCAUUGACGUUCCCAAGCCCCGCGACCACAGUGACCCCCAGCUGCAAAUGGCGUACGAGGCAGCUAUCGAGUGGAAGAAGGCCAACGUGCCUGGCUACGCGCAGUCAUGUCGGGAACGCCAGAACAACCGUAUCGCAAGCAAGCUCCAGAGUGGACGUCAAAAUCAGGGCAGCCACAGGAACAUGUACGCCUAG